AUGAUUCACCAAUUUAUGGUCUUAAAUGGUCGAGGAGAUACCAUAAUAUUACGUAAUUUUCGCUCAGAGAAUAGAUAUUACUGUAUCAAUAUUGUCCACGAUGCGUUCUACAAGUAUAUUAAAACAAACCAGGGUAAUUGUUGUCCAAUGUUUAACUUCAAAGGUCUUAAUUACAUUUAUCUAUCUCAAAAUGGUCUUUACUUUAUCUGUACAAGUAUGUUUAAUGUGUGUCCAAGUUAUAUUGUAGAAUUACUAUAUAGAAUAAUUAAAGUAGUUCGAGAUUUUUGUGGGGUUCUUAAUGAAGAGUCUAUUCGUAAAAACUUUAUUCUCGUUUAUGAAUUAAUUGAUGAAAUAGUGGACUAUGGAUAUCCUCAACUAACAAAUACCGAACAACUAAAACAUUGUAUAUAUAAUGAGAUAAUUAUAACUAAAUAUAGUGAUCUAUUAUAUGGGAAAAAUAUACUAAAUUCUUCUUCAAUAAUAGAACUUGCUAAUGCUAUUCCUCAAACUUUAUCAAUUAUACCUGCUGGAAUGUUGUCAACUAGUAGUCCAGGUGGUGUAGGAAUAAAUAAACCACUUGGUCCAGUUACCAACCACUCUAUAACUACACACUAUCCUAAAACUAUAUCUAGUAAUGCUACUCAAAGACCUAUAAAUUCGUCAAUUGUAAUAUCUCAAAAUGAUAAUAAAAUUUUCUCUCUUCUUGGGAAUUAUAAUACAGUGAUUGAAAGAAAAAAUGAAAUUUUUGUAGAUAUAUUUGAGAGAGUAACUGUAGUUUUAGAUUAUAAUGGAAAUAUUGUAAGGUGUAAUGUAGAUGGGAGUAUCCUUAUGAAAAGCUAUCUUAUUGGGGAACCUGAGCUAAUGCUUGGAUUUACCGAUAAUAUAAUAUUAAGUGAUGAUUAUAACUAUACCUCAAUAAGUCCAUUAAAUAUAACUUCAGAUUUAGCAACAGUCAUAGAUGACUGUAACUUUCAUGAAUGCGUUGAUAUUAAUGAGUUUUUGCAAAAUAAGAUCAUUAUAUUAAGACCUCCUGAAGGAGAGUUCAUUUUGAUGAAUUACCGAGUUUCUACUGGAUGCCUUAAGAUUCCUUUCAAGACAACAACUAUUAUUGAACCAAGUGGAAAUCUACCGAAUAUAUUUGAAUCAAUAGGGAAUCUAUCAGAUAAUAAUAGAAAUAAUCGGAGUGACUGUACAAAGUUGGAUUUUGUUAUCAAAAUAAAGUCUGAAAUACCAUCUAAUUUACAUGCUACAAAUCUAAUUAUAAUGUGUCCGGUUCCAAAGAAAGUAUCUAACAUAAUAUUUGAGACAAUUCAUCCACUAAUUCCAAUCCCUCAAAGUUCACUUUACAAUGAAAAACAGCAUAAAAUAGUAUGGAAUAUAAAGAGAAUACCAGGGAAAACAGAAAUUGCUCUUAAAUGCAAAAUUACACUAAAUUCAUCUAUACCUACAAAUAUAUUAAAAAGAGAGAUUGGACCUGUAUAUCUGAAUUUUGAAAUCCCAAUGUUCAAUGUUUCUAACUUACAAAUUAAAUAUCUUAAAAUAACAGAUAAACAAAGAUCCUAUAAUAAUUUUAGAUGGGUUAGAUAUGUCACUCAAUCAAAUUCGUAUGUAUGUAGAACUUUCUAG